GCUAUGCAGCCCAUCGUUCGAAAGCCGUUUCAGCCAGCGAUUCUAGAUCGUUCGCCCAUCUUCGGUGCCUCAAGUGCAGUGCUUUUACGCACAUGUUUCAGGCUUGGCGAGGCACUGAACGUCGGUAGCCAAGCAGUGCGGAGCGGCAAGAGUGUUGUCAUCGAACUUUAUGCCCGCGUCACCAGCUCGAGACGGGAUGGCAGGAAGCAGUACUUCGUUUUGAAGGACUUGUACCAUGAUAGGCCUCCCUUCUGCGACGCAACGUUCGAGCUUUGGGAUCAGUCGUACCUAUGGGACCUGGAUAGCAGACCAUUCCUCAGCGCUUCGGAAAACAGCAGCAUUACCUGCCGCGCAAUUGGCAAGAUGAAGCGCGAAGCACAGAAAUGGAGACUGGAUAUUGUGAGCAUCUGGGCAGCCGACGCUUCUGACGUAGGAUUUGCGGCUGGAGUUUCGACUGAUGAUGUGCACAAUGAGCUCUAA